GAAUUCGACACGGAAACGAGACAGUAAUCGACUCAAGGGCGUUAACAAUGGCUGCUUCAUCGUCUCUGUGCGUCUUCUUCACCACUACCUUACUGCUGCUUCUCUCUAUUUCAUCCGUGAAAUUACCAUUUCACCCUCGGGACCUGCUUCCGCUUUUGCCCAGGCAAGUCUCGUGGCCGGUUCUUAAUUCUCUCAACACAGCCGUCGAUCUCCUCCCUACUUUCAUCGGCUCCGCUUCUGUCAAAAACGACGCCGUGGAGUGGAAAGGUGCUUGCUUUUAUGAGAACAAAGCUUGGUUAGAGCUCAAUAACAAGUCCGGUUCCGAAUUCGGCGGCGGCACACUUCACAUUAAGGUCGAUAAGGCACAUAGUUGGACGUGCAUGGAUAUUUAUGUCUUUGUCACUCCAUAUCGUGUGACAUGGGAUUGGUACUUUGCUUCAAGGGAGCACACUAUGGAAUUCAAGGAGUGGGAGGGUAAAGCCGAGUAUGAAUAUGUUAAGCAGAAAGGAGUUUCGAUAUUCCUCAUGGAAGCAGGGAUGUUGGGAACUCUUCGUGCGCUGUGGGAUGUCUUCCCUCUGUUUACCAAUACCGGUUGGGGGGAGAAUUCUAAUAUCGCGUUUCUUAAGAAUCACAUGGGUGCUAAUUUCUACGCUCGUCCUAAACCUUGGGUUACAAACAUUACCACCGAUGAAAUUCACUCUGGAGACUUACUAGCUAUCUCCAAAAUCCGUGGGCGGUGGGGUGGUUUUGAGACCCUUGAGAAGUGGGUAAGUGGAGCCUAUGCUGGUCACACUGCUGUCUGUUUGAGGGAUUCUGAAGGGAAACUCUGGGUUGGUGAAUCUGGGAAUGAAAACGAAAAGGGAGAAGAUGUAAUAGCGGUAUUGCCAUGGGAAGAGUGGUGGGAGUUUGAACAAACCAAGGAUGACUCAAAUCCCCACAUCGCGUUGCUACCGUUACAUCCUGAUUAUCGAGCCAAGUUUAAUGUUACAGCUGCAUGGGAAUAUGCUCGUAGCAUGGAUGGCAAACCAUAUGGCUAUCACAACUUGAUCUUUAGCUGGAUCGAUACCAUCAGCGGAAAUUACCCACCUCCUCUGGAUGCUCAUCUUGUUGCUUCUGUCAUGACGGUUUGGAGCAAAAUCCAGCCUGAUUAUGCUGCUAACAUGUGGAAUGAAGCCCUUAACAAGCGACUCGGAACAGAGGGUCUUGAUCUUCCUGAUGUACUGGUGGAAGUCGAAAAGCGUGGAUCCUCUUUUGACGAGUUGCUGGCAGUUCCGGAACAAGAUGAUUGGAUAUAUAGUGAUGGGAAAUCAACUUCUUGUAUCGCUUUUAUCCUCGAAAUGUACAAAGAAGCUGGUCUUUUCGAUCCAAUCUCUAGUUCCAUUCAAGUCACGGAAUUCACGAUCAAAGAUGCUUACAUGCUCAAGUUUUUCGAGAACAAUGCAAGCCGUUUUCCCAAAUGGUGCAAUGACAAUGACGAUGUGAAGCUUCCGUACUGUCAAAUACUUGGGAAAUACAGAAUGGAACUUCCCGGUUACAACACAAUGGAGCCAUACCCACAUAUGAACGAGCACUGCCCGUCUCUACCUCCAAAAUACCACAGACCAAAGAACUGCUAGAACCGAAAAAUCAACUGUAUUGUCUGUU